AUGCGCGAGUUUAUGCACUACAUCACAAAUGCCUUCUACGGCGCCACAGGAUGGAACGAGGACAACACCUACAAGGAACUGAACGCAACAGCCAGAGAGCUGAUUGACUUUCCCCUUCCCUUGGGCCUCCGCGUCAACCUCGCGUCCCUGGCGACCCCGCACUUCGCGACAAGCUACCAGCUAGGCACCGUUGGCAUCGUCGACGGCUCCAUCUCCUAUCUAUACAGCUCUGUCGCGCUGAGGGGCGUCACCGCUCAGUCCGACCGCAUACCGCUUCCCGCACUCUUGCGCUCCUUUCGCCGGCUGCACGACCUUGGUUCGCGCGGUGACGAAUCGGCUCCGAAUGCGGGUGGGCCUGGCGCAUCCGAAAGCCAUGCGGUUAGUGUCGAUACAGAUGGCGGAGUGGGACUUGCACCAACUCUCGUCGGUGGAAACAAGGUCACAGGCCGAGACAGGGACAAGAGCUCGCUCCUCUACGGCCGGCUUUAUCUUCCCCAGUCGCUCCUGGAGGGGCUGGUUGUGAAGCGCUUCAGCCCAGUGUUGCAAGUUCAGCUCUCGGCUGUCAGUGAACAGUCGUUGCGGAAUGGCGGCACCUUGUUGGGGCUUAUUCAAUACGAUAAAGGCAAAUUCGGCGUCGAGGGUCUAGCGUCAACUGACGGCGGACUUCUUGGCGUUCGGGGCCUUUACAAUUUUGGCGGAGAUGCUUCUUCCCCGGGCGCAACUCCAACGGCAUGCUCGACGAAUGAGAGUAGCAGCAGCAGCAGCAGCCAGUCUGGGGAAAGGGAGCGCAUAUACGGCCGAUUCAGCGUUGGUGGUGAGGUAUACUACGGUACCCUGAACAAAUCAGGAGGGAUGUCUUUGGGAGCACGCUUCGCAACCCUGCCAGCACAUCGAGGGACACCGCUCACAGCGGCAUUGACUAUUAACCCGCUCAUGGGAAACAUCAAUGCCACGUACGCCAUCUUGGCAAAGGAAUAUUGCUCUCUGGCAACGAGAAUGGAAUUCAACGUGUACAGCUACGAGAGCGACUGGGCAGUGGGCAUGGAGUUGUGGAGCAACCGCCGGCCGGCCGGGUUUCUCCUUGGAGUCGACCCCAACAGACAGCGGGAGGAGGUCGCACAGAAGCUGGCGAAAACGAAUGAGAGAAGUUUCCAGGCGAAAAUGGAAUGGCGCCUGGACGACCCCGAACCUACCACAGCCGCCGAAGAAGCGAAGGCGCACACAGGCCAAGACACGCCUAGCGUAACGAAGGAAGAAGAAUAUUUGGGUGUCUUAAAGGCGCGGCUCGACCAGAACCUCCGGAUUGGACUGCUCUGGGAGGGCCGGGUUAAGUCGCUUAUUUUUAGCCUUGGCACCGGGGUGGACUUGCAUAAGCUGGAUGAGCCCUUCCGAAGUCUAGGACUCGAGAUCCAAUACUCGUCCUAA